GGGCCGCGCCGGCGGCGGCGACCGCGAUGAUGGAGCUCCAGAUGGACGAGGGCGGCGGCGUGGUGGUGUACCAGGACGACUACUGCUCGGGCUCCGUGAUGUCGGAGCGCGUGUCGGGCCUGGCGGGCUCCAUCUACCGCGAGUUCGAGCGCCUCAUCCACUGCUACGACGAGGAGGUGGUCAAGGAGCUGAUGCCGCUGGUGGUCAACGUGCUGGAGAACCUGGACUCGGUGCUCAGCGAGAACCAGGAGCACGAGGUGGAGCUGGAGCUGCUGCGCGAGGACAACGAGCAGCUGCUCACCCAGUACGAGCGCGAGAAGGCGCUGCGCAAGCAGGCGGAGGAGUGUGAUGAGAUGUAG